CUACAAUGGGGUUAUUACAAACUAAUUCCUCCCAAUUCUAGCCCUCACCCGUCUCACUAGUAGGUCUCACUGCUACGUAUGUUUCAUAUUUGAACUUCUGCAAAUUAUGAAAGAGUUUAAUCAUGUUGAGGGAAAACAUAGUGUAUUAUUAACUCUAAAUCAUCCUUCUGAAGUUUUAUAUGCUUUGUUUACACAGAUGCUUUUAAAAGAUGAAGUGAAAGAGAAAAAAAUAUAUAAAUUGUCAAGUGGUUUUACUAGUCAUACUUCUUUCCAGUAGACCGUUUGAUCCUUCAAGCUUUGCAUGACAAGACAAUUUGUUGCAAAAAGUGUCCCAUCAAAUAAUUCUAAAAUGAUUUGUCCUAUCAGGUAAAAUCCAAAAUGAUUUAGAAUUCAGAAACAUGAAUGAUUAUUAAAUGAAUACUAUAAUGUCUAUUAAUCCCGGAACACCUCUAAAACCUUUCUAAGAAUCACCAAAGCUCUUAUUUCCAAACCUGGGGUUCCAAGGUUUGAAAACAAAAUGGCAUGUAUAAAAGCACUUUCAAAGUAUAUUACAUACACAGCGUGAGGCCUCUGAGCCCAAGCUAAGCUAUCAUAGCCCCAGUGACCUGCACGUAUACAUCCAGAAGGCCUGAAGAUCCACAGAAGUGAAAACAGCUUAACUGAUGACAUUCCACCAUUGUGAUUUGUUUCUGCCCUAUCCUAACUGAUCAAUGUUCUUUAUAAUCUCCCCCACCCUUAAGAAGUUUCUUUGUAAUUCUCCCCACCCUUGAGAAUGUACUUUGUGAGAUCUAUCCUCUGCCCCUAAAACAUUGCUCUUAACUCCACCGCCUAUCCCAAAACCUAUAAGAACUAAUGAUAAUCCCACCACCUUUGCUGACUCUCUUUUGGGACUCAGCCCACGUGCACCCAGGUGAAAUAAACAGCCUUGUUGCUCACACAAAGACUGUUUGGUGAUCUCUUCACACGGAUGAAUGAAACACACAGUAAUGAGAAUCCCAAAUUUCUGAUGUAUACAACAGAGUAUUAUAUACACUUUUAUACAUGGAGGAGAGAGAAUAGCGAACAGAAAGGCACCCCAAACCCUAAUGCAAAGAGCAAUAAAAAAUUAGCCAGCCAGCAGCACAUCAGGCUGCCGUAUUGGCUGCCCUCAAAGUCGCAGGUUCUGUUCAUUAAUUUUUGUAUCAUAUUUAUUCAAGAAUUGUACUGUUUAGUUACUGAACAACCUGGGAAAUAGCUCAAGAAACCAUGAGUUACCCUUUCUGGGCUGCUGAUGUUUUAGAAAACCUAGUUUUUUUAAACAUAUGAAUAUUUUUCAGUUAUUCAUGUCAUCAUCAUGAUACCUGUAUCUCCCAUUUCAGUACUGAUCGACUUUAGGGAGAAACUUUUGAAAUAAGAUGAUAUUACGAAACGUCCACGAAACAAUUCUGUAACAUCUGUGCAAAACUGUUUUUGUAAGAAAUCUCUAAAAUUUAAUGACAUUUCCUGCACCUGUAGUGAAGGCGGAAAUACAAACAGUCCCUUCCACGAAAACGAGGUGCUAUUACAAUCACAUUUCUCAGCAGCCCUUUUCUUUUUUGCAAAAGUGUUUAUCCUAGUGCUGCGGACUUACGACAAACGUCAACAGUUAAUAAGAUAACCAAAAACUGUGAAAAUCAAACGUUCCUGGAACGCAUCGGAGCUUCACACUUUAGUCCUUCGCUUGAGACUCAAGGGCCACAUGGCCAGAUAGGUCUUUCACCUCUGCAAACCGUUAAACAUCCUUCCAGUAAGACAUAAUCGUUAAGCCCACGGUGUUAAAGAAACCCAGUGAGCUGUUCCCCGCAGGUCACCGCCUGCCUCCACCCUCCUCCCGCGCACUGACGGCAAAAAACUUAGACCGGAACGAGCGAGGCCAGAGGAGACAACAACUCCCAGCAGGCGUCGCGGCAGCGGGAAGUCACGCACGCGCAACCCAGGCCAGGAGUAAAGUCUCUCUGCCCGUCUUCUGGGAAGGGAGAAUGGCGGCGCCCGGGCUGCGGCUGGGAGCGGAAAGACUCUUUGAAAUGCCUGCGGUGCUAGAGCGACUGAGCCGCUAUAACAGCACGUCCCAAGCUUUUGCUGAGGUGCUGCGGCUGCCGAAGCAGCAGCUGAGGAAGCUGCUGUACCCGCUGCAGGAAGUAGAGCGGUUCCUCGCCCCGGACGGGAGGCAAGACUUUCACCUGCGUAUCUUUGACCCGAGCCCGGAGGACAUAGCCAGGGCGGACAACAUCUUCACGGCCACUGAACGGAACCGCAUCGACUACGUCAGCUCCGCCGUCCGUAUCGACCACGCCCCGGACCUUCCGCGGCCAGAGGUAUGUUUUAUAGGCAGAAGCAAUGUUGGAAAAUCAUCUCUAAUCAAGGCUUUAUUUUCACUGGCCCCUGAGGUUGAAGUCAGAGUCUCCAAAAAACCAGGACACACAAAGAAAAUGAAUUUUUUCAAAGUUGGAAAACAUUUUACAGUGGUGGACAUGCCAGGUUAUGGCUUUAGAGCACCUGAAGAUUUUGUUGACAUGGUAGAGACCUAUCUAAAAGAACGAAGGAACUUGAAGAGAACAUUUUUAUUAGUGGAUAGUGUUGUUGGAAUUCAAAAAACAGACAAUACUGCCAUAGAAAUGUGUGAAGAAUUUGCAUUACCUUAUGUGAUUGUAUUAACAAAAAUUGACAAAUCUUCCAAGGGACAUCUUUUAAAACAAGUGCUUCAGAUCCAGAAAUUUGUUAACAUGAAAACUCAAGGAUGUUUUCCUCAGUUGUUUCCUGUAAGUGCUGUGACCUUCUCUGGAAUCCAUCUGUUGAGAUGCUUUAUAGCCAGUGUAACAGGAAAUCUUGACUAAUGGUUCCCGGUUUAGCUGAAGAUUCAAAAAAAAAAAAAAAAAAAGCUUUAUGCUAACUGGAGUUAAAUACCUAGAAGAAUUUCAACAUUGUUUUAAAUGUUGUGCCUUCUCAAAACAAGAAUUUGUGCCUGGGGUGAAAAGUUUGUAAGUUAUUGAAUUAUGGUGUUCAUUAGAACAGCUACUAGCUGAUUCCCCUAUUUUAACAAAUUGACAAGAGCACAUCCAUAAAAUGAAAACCUGUUACAACUAUGUACAGAAGGGUUUGACGUUUUAUUGGGCUUUUGUCUUUUAAAGAAUAUGUCUACUACGGGUAUUUUUUUUUAAAAUGUUAAAAUGGGCUAGCUAAAAGGGGGCUGCUUUUCUGUUAAGCAUCGAUAGGUAAGUUGAUGGAUAAAUGUUACUAUGUAAGCCUA